GCUAAUAUUCAGAACGUUGUCGUAAUUACUACACAAAUCUACAAAGAACUAUUUUCUGCUGGACGAAGUAAACGACCUUUUACUGAUUACGUCAUCAUCAAGAAGAUCAAGGUUUCCUUUGAAACUUGUUGCUCGCUGGGAUAAACCGUACGCAAAACAUAUGAUUCGUUUUCAAAAAGCGCUAGUUACAGUCAUUUUGAUUGUCACGGCAAGUGCUUCUCUGUUCUUUGGUGACAAGUCAGUGAAACUCCAGUCAUAUUUGAGGGGAUUUACAGGUACACAUGUGUACACUCUACCUGUAGUACACUUAAGCUACAAGCUUUUCGCCAUUUUUAUCCUCUUUGUGCUUGCGUUAAAAUAUUUAUGGAGCUGGUUAACUUCACCAUUAAUAUAUGAAUGCGACCUUGUGGAUACUGUCCACGAAAAUAAACGGGAAAAAGCAAAUGACAUUCGAAGACGACGAAAAAUAGGUGACCUUCCUCCAGUUUAUCCAAAUGGUUGGUUUUUCCUCACACUAUCGAUUGACUUGCCCGUUAAAGAAGUGAAAAAUGUACUGGUCCUAGGCGAGCAUUUGGUCCUUUUUCGUGGUGAAGAUGGUUCUGCGCAUGUGUUGGAUGCAUAUUGUCCUCAUUUGGGUGCAAAUAUUUCCAUUGGUGGUGUAGUUAAAGGAAAUUGUAUUCAGUGUCCUUUUCAUGGUUGGUGCUUCGAAGGUUAUACUGGCACGUGUGUAGAUAUUCCCUACAGUGACACUGUACCACAGUUUGCUAAAAUAAAAUCAUGGAAUUCAAUUGAGAUAAACGGAAGGAUUUACGUUUGGUUUCAUGCAGAAGAUGUAGAACCAGAAUGGAGGCCAGAGGAGUUAGAAUGUUUAGAGAAAUGGAAAUACUGUGGUCAAACUAUUCAUUAUGUUAAUUGUCAUAUCGAGGAUAUACCAGAAAAUGGAGCUGAUCUCAAUCAUUUUAACUUCUUACACACACCGUUUGUUUCAGCGGGGAGGAACCUGAAUAAAAUAUUCAAAUAUUCUAAGAAUUUUUUCGAACAUGAAUGGGUUGCGUCCUGGCGACCACUCGAAGAAGAAGAGACACAUUGUUCUGAGCUCACGUUGGUUCAAAAAGUUAUGGUUUUGGGCAAUCAUUUGCCAUUCUUAGAUGUACAUAUAUCUGCAAAGCAGAUUGGACCAGGUAUUGUCUACAUGAAAUUGAUAUCGAUAUUAGGAGAUGUUGUAAUAAUACAAGAGGUCACCCCAGUUGAACCACUCUUACAAAAACUCACCCAAACUUGUUACACGUCAAGCCUAACGUUUUUUGGCAAACUUGUAUUGUAUGCUGAAGCGAUUCAGCUUGAGCGUGAUGUGAUGAUAUGGAACCAUAAGACCUAUAUUUCCAAACCUCUACUUGUCAAAGAAGAUAACGAAAUCAAGAAACAUAGACAGUGGUUUUCGCAAUUUUUCUCGAAAAACAGUCCUAGACUUACGAUGUCAAAGAAAGACACUCUGGAAUGGUGACUUAGAGAUUACAUUUCAACGAAAAUCCUUUUGUUGACUACGUCAUUGAACGGACACUUGACGUCAUUCAAGUCUCGCUGAUCUUCGUUUACUGCAAGCUUGUUGACCUUAACUCUUUUUAACGCAAACGAUUAAUUUUUCUCACAAAGAAGUUCUAUAAAAAUGGACAAUUGAUAGAUUAGUAACCGGUAUCUUGUAGCAAGAAAGAGCUUUAAAAUCACCAUAGUAAACAUCAUAAGAAUGAAGUUUAGAGACAAUUAGCACAUAAAGUUUCUUUCUACGUCACUAUGACGAUAAUAGAUCACGACCGUCUCCUCAGUGACGUGGAUAUUAUGGUUUUCCUAAAACACACCCACUGAGAAGAAAUAUUUUGUGUUUCAGCAUGAGAUAUUGCAUGACUAUAUAUUUUCAAUGAAAUAUGAACUUUUAAGGAACUCUAAUACUUUUUCAACGAUAAAAAUAAACUUUAAUUGAUAAAAUCCAAAUAAAAUGUCAAACAUUCGAAGUUUAUAAAUAUACAAUUGCCUGGAAAGUUGUAAACGUAUAGAACUCACUUCUAAUCAAAUGUUAUUGAGCAAUCUUUUACCAUUGGAAAUAAUGUUAACACUACAUGUACAAAUUAUUCCAAACGAUACUUGAAACCGUUUAAAUAUACUCCAGAUAUUUUAUAAA